AUGGCAGCUCUGUCUGAGAACCUGCUGGCAGUCAACAUGAUACUGAGUGUCUUCUUUCUUCCAGAUAUUCCUUGGAGUCCCAGCAUUAAUAUCCCUGUUGGUGAUCUGAAGGGGCAUCAGUCUGUCACUAUAAGCUGCUCAGCUGUGACUCCCUGUCCACACUCACCUCCUGAACUCACCUGGAAUCUCCAACAAGACUCUGAGAGACAAACAGAGAAAAACCCAGAUGGAACCUUUACAACUAAAAUCCAGGAGACCAUCACUCUGUCAGACACACAUGAUGGAUACAACAUCAGCUGUUCUGCCAGAUAUCCUGUGAAUGGAGGAAGCAAGACAGCAGAGACAGAAGUGACUCUCAGUGUUUCAUAUGCUCCUAAAGACACCUCAGCAUCCAUCAGUCCAUCAGGUUUGGUGUCAGCAGGUAGCUGGGUGGAGCUGAGCUGCUCCAGCAGAGCCAAGCCUCCUGCCAGCUUCACCUGGUUCAGGAACAGCACAGAAGGAGCCAGAAAAGUAGCUACAGGGGAUUUUUACAGCUUAAGAGUCCCUGAGAAAGGAGAGUAUUACUGUGAGGCUACAAAUGAUCUGGGGAAUCAGAGAUCAUCUGUGAUUCUACUUAAUACUGAAGGAGUCAGUCUCUGUGUUAUAUUGAAGAUCCUGGGGAUCAUAAUGCUCUGCAGUGCAGUCUGCAUCUUUCAGUGCUGGUUUAGAUUAUCCAACAAACAAGCAACAAAGGACACAGAUGAAGCAGAUGAUGUCAACAGAGUGAUGGAGGUUCAGGCAUCAUGAACCUCAAGGGGACAA